GAAAGAAGAAGUAAACAUUGUUCCUCAAUAUAAAUUUCUAUUUUGUCUCAAAUUGGAUAGCGUGUCUAGUGGCUACACAUCAUUCAAAUGAAACUCAUGAGCUCAUAGACGCAUGCAAGCGGCGACGAGGGGUCGCAAGUGGAUACUGCUGAGGACACCAACCAAAGAGGCGAUGGGGCUUGACAAUUGCUGCCGCCUGGAUACGUCUACAUGUGUAGCAGUGUUUGCAGUUGCGAGGAGCAAAGGCCAUUCUCCGUGGAGCCUCUCGUUUUGACUGCCUGCUCGCAACGAGAUUCUUCAAAAGGCGAAACCCGUGCGUCUGAGAUUCAGGAGGGAGCCGUGCAGAGCUCCACAUGCUCCACAUGCGUUGUGUUUAUCGUCUUUUGGGCAUGAGGGACAUCUGCAGAGGUGACAUCUCACAGGGAUCAGCAGCUUCGGGGUGAGCAGGCCCGGCUGGAGCUGCUUACCGGAGCUGGUCACACGCCAUGUGUUAGCCCGGUUGCAUGGAGAAUGUCACCACUGCCCUCAACUCCCUCAACCCCCAACCAUUUUAACUGGUUUCACCGGCUUACCGUGGCUUUAGCAUCUGUGCAGUAUAUUUAGGGCAUAGCUGUUUGCUUGUCUGCCCGGUGGUUUAAACCGUCAAACCCAAGCUGUGACUCUUAGUUGUGUUGGUCUGCUGCGCUGUGACACCAUCUCUGCAUGGCCAUGAUGAGGCUGAGGUCGAGGAGUAGGGAGAGAAGGGAGAGACAAAUGGAGCAAGAGGUGAAAUUUGAGGAGAGUGAAAUGAUUCCAAAGUCAGGCAAAUCUCCAGCAGACUCACGGAAAACUGUCAGCAUCCAUGAGUUUGCAGCACUUGCCAGAUCCUCCCUAAAUGGGAUCUCGCAGGCAGUGAGGGACCAUGUGACAAAGCCCACGUCCCUGGCUCAGGGACGUGUCGCCCACCUCAUAGAGUGGAAAGGUUGGCCCAAACCUGCGGGCCCUCCACCGGCCGCCCACUCCCACUUCAGCUCCUACUGCCAUCUGACUGAAGGAGAGAAGGAGGCCCGGUUUGCCGCAGGAGUAGCUGAGCAGUUUGCCAUUGCUGAGGCUAAGCUGCGUGCCUGGGCAUCUAUGGACGACGACGAGGAAGACUCCAACGACGAAGACUCGCACAGCAGCGGACAGACUCACACCUUCUCCAGCCAGAGUUCAGACGCCGCCAGGUCCACUCCUAUCACCGGAGCGCCAUGCCAGCCUGAGGGUGACGGCGGUGAGGCGCCGAGCUCCGACAGUCCCCUAGACUCCAGCAGCAGCAGCGGCAGCCUGCUCUGUGGUAGGCCUGCAUCUGACCAUGACCCACAUUCAUCCCAGACCAAUUCACCUACUUUACCGAGCGACUGCAUGAGUCCCUUCCUGGAGGAGGAGAGGCUGGGUGAUCAUGGGGAGCAGCUGGCCCCUUUGCAGGAGCAGCGCAGUGAGGUCUGCGUUCACCACAAGCCUGAGUGGAGGCCUCCGGGCCGGAGCAGCAGGUUCGACUCCUGCUACUCCACCUCUCACUCCGAGUCUCCCGGAGAGGAGGAGGAGGAGGAGGAGGACGAGGAGGAGGAAGGCAGCGUGUUUCAUGAGGUUCGGGUGUGGCACUGCAGCCCGAGGAGUUUCUUCUCCGACCGGGCUUCUUCCGGAGUGGCCUCCUUCGAUGAGGAGGAGGAGAGGGAAGAAGUAGAGGAGAAGAAGGAGGAAAAAGAGUAUUUGAUGUGAUGUGUUGUCCACCUUUAUGUCUCUUCGAGUCAGUGUUGAUUCUGGAUAUGACAUAAUCUAUUCUGCUUUCACCGUAAACCUCUCUCCACCUCCUCCUCCUCUCCUUUCCUUCCUCUGAUCAUCUCUUCCCCACUCGCUGCCUUCUGUCUCAUCCUCCAGAGCUUUCAUGUACUGAUCUCGCUCCACCAUUUAUCGCUGCUGUAAACAGUAUGUACAUUGGAGAGUUACACCAGAAUGUAAAGCUGUUGUUCAAACUGAGUUUUGUACAUUUUUUGUGAAGAGUCAUGUGCUGCUAUUGCAUUGGUUUUCUAUGGAUAUUUUGUAGUGUUGUUUUAUUCUGGGUCAUGCUGCGUCACGUGGGUCGGGCUAUGUUUGAUACUGAAUGUCUGAAUGUUCUGCAUAUAUAAAUAUGAUUUUUUUUGAAAGAACAUUCUUUGUCUUUUUUUCCCCCCACAAACACAAAGUAAACACAUGAGGAAGAAACACAAUUUUUCAACUCGUCUUUUAAAGG